AUGCCGCACAAAAAACACGUCGUCUUCGACGUAGUCGGAACCCUCGUCUGCUUCGAUGCUUUCUACAGACGCAUAGACGAGACCAUCGGUCCCAAACUCCGCGAACGUGGCAUUCCGUCCCGACUCUUCGGAUAUACGUGGAUGACGCAUUCGGAGCUCGAAUUCACAUUCCUCUCCAUGAGCGAGCGACAUGCGGCGUACAGGAAUGUGAUGCAAGCGAUGUUCUAUCGGAAUCUCUGGAUGGCGGGAAUCGAGGAGCCGCGGGAGGUGUUUAGUGAUGCGGAGAGGGAGAAGUGUCAGGAAGGUUAUAGUCUGUUGGAAUUGAGGCAAGGGGCGAGGGAGUGUAUUGAGAUUCUGAGGAAGGGAGGCUUUGAGGUCUGGUGUUUGACCACGGCAGGUGUGUGCGAGACGUUUCGUUAGCGAUGUGUUGGGGGCGCUCUGGGAUGCUGAUAUGCUGAUGUUAUGCUCGAUCUAGACACGGCGCGAGUGCAGGGCUACUUCCACCGCGGAGGCGUCGAGAUGCCAGCGGACCGGUUCGUGAGCUGCGACACUCAGGGCGUCGCGAAGCCUGCGCUGGCCGCGUACCGGCCGGUCUUUGAGCAGUUUGGGGCGGAUGAUGAGAAGUGGUUUGCUGCGGCGCAUAUGUGGGAUGUCAGUGCCGCGAGACAAGUCGGGUUCCGUGGCGCGUACUGUUCCGCGUACGAGAAGGAAGACUGUCUGGAGCUGUUUGGGGGGAAGAUGGAAGUCAUGAGCCGCACGCUCGUGGAGAUGGCUCAGAAGUUGGUCGAGGCGGCGAAGUAG